GCGACCGCGACGCGGGCGCAAGACGGCGCUCUCCUCCCCCUCCGCGAGGCCCGCGCGGCGGAGCCUCCGCGCACGCAGCAGCACCCAGCAGGCCGGGGCCCAGCAGCCGCGCCGACAAUCCCCCGCCGUCGACGAGCAUGGAUGUGGAUGGCGAUGAUGACGACGAGGAGGCGCAGAUGCGCCGCGUCAUGGGCUUUGCGGGGUUCCGGAGCACGAAGAACACAAAGGUGCCGGGCAAUGAUCGGAAUUAUGCGGUGCGCAAGGAGAAGAAGACGGAGUACCGGCAGUACAUGAACAGGGUUGGCGGGUUCAAUCGCCCGUUGUCGCCUAGUAGGACUUGAGGUUGAGGGAGGAGUUAGUGGGGGGAUGGAUGGACGGGGAGGAUUCAAACUACAGCUUCUUCUACUAUUGCUUCCUUACUGCUCGCACGCAGCCUUGGCGCGGGAUCCCAUAAAACCAAUUCGCGCACUCAAUCUCAAACCCAGACUCGUAGAUUCACACAGCACGCACGCGCGGCCGCACUUUUGGCGGCGGCGGUGGCGACGCGUAGCGCAGGUGGCCAUAGCUCCCAUCCAUCCCGCAUGCCAAUGCCACGUCUCCCUCACGUCCGUCCUCCGCUGCUGCUGCUCCCACGCACGCACAACCAAUCUCUCCAUUGAUCCUCCACUUCAAGACCAACAACAGACACGGACGCACGCUUCCGCCCAAUGGUCCGCCUGAAAGCCCGUC